CCUGGACGCGAUCCACCUGCAGCCCUACUCUUGUACCUGGGUAAGCGAAUAAUAAUAAACACUUCGGGGAGUACAUCCUUGUGCACUCAAUCCUUGUAUCUUUAACUACCACUCCCACUACUAUACCACCUAUCAACAAUCAAUGCUUGCGGCGAUUGACACCGACUUCCAGCAUACACAAGGACUGUUCACCACAAAGCACUUCGCGGCUCACCCAACAUGGCCGCGAUGGCCAGUCUCAGUGGUGGUCAGCACUCUGCGGGCAUCUUUGCAGACAUGAGCAUCGACGGGCCAGAAAUCGGCACCCUGGUUUUGAUCGUUGAUCGAGGCAAGAACCUUCCGAACCGCAAGGCCAUGGGCAAACAGAAUUGCUAUUGUGCUGCACGGCUGGGAAAGGAAGCGCGAAAGACCGAAACGGACAAACGUGGAGGACAAACACCUCGAUGGGAUCAAGAGCUCCGCUUCACCGUCCAUGACUCGCCUGAUUAUUACAACCUCAAAAUUUCGGUCUUUAGUGAAGACAAGCGAACCGACCUGAUAGGAGAAGCUUGGGUUGAUCUUAAUGAAGUCAUCGUACCAGGAGGAGGAAAAAAUGAUCUUUGGCAAGCGCUUACCUUCAAAGGGAAAUACGCUGGCGAGCUGAGAGUGGAGUUGACAUAUUACGACACACGACAGAAGCCGGAAAAGAUGGAAGUACUGUCGGUGGCAGACGAGCUUCGGGAGGCAUAUGGAACAUUAGCAGGGCCGAAGGUGAAGAGACGACCAUUGCCAACGAAUCCCAACGUCCCCAGUACAACCCCAGUAGUGAUCCCAGAGCGAGCACUUCCAGGGCGAGCAAAGCAUGGCCCACGAGACCUCACCAAUCCCCAACGUGCGCAAUCGCUUCCUCCAGACUCUUUGAGUUAUCCUUACUCGUCCAAUACGCUUGUCGGUCAUUCACCUGCGGCUCCACAGCCAGGACCAAACCCACAUUACGGUUCCCAAGACCAGCAACAACCUGCUCACCCGGCGCCACGACCUCAGCAGUUUCAACCUGUGCCACAUACAUCGUGGGAGCAAGCUCAUGCUGCACCUUCGCAUGAAGCACAACAUGGUUACAUGGAGCCGGCGUCCUUCGAAGCGGAUCCUCGUGGUGCUGAGCCUGACUUCCUGCCCCAAUUACCUCCCAGCCAGCGGCAACGGGCGUCACUUCCUCAGCAGCCGCGAUAUGCUCAGCAACCUACGCAACAACCAUACCAUGCGCAGCAUGCACCCCAGCCGAGACCACAAAGUCACACGAACCUUCCGCAUACUCAUUCAGCACCUGCGGUGCCAACGGGGCACUUCGAAGAUCAUCGGCAAGAGGCCGAGUAUGCUCCAUCGAGAGAUCACGCUGCAUCAGUGCCAAACAUGGAUUAUCAGCAUCAGCCUACGGAUCAGCGAAGGGGAUCAUACAUACCAGAAGAAGUGGAUGCUUAUGGCUACCCGCAAAGUGAUGGAAACCACUACCCUGAGCAGCAUGCUGCUGCAGCACCCCCGCCACCUCCGGUGCACGUUCACGCAUCUCCUUCCGUGCCUCACCACAGUCACGCGCAUCCACACACCACGACACCUUCACGGUACUCCACAGCACCAAACGACGGAAGACAGCAGUACGCUCGCAGUCCCUCCCCUCUUCCAAUCGCCGAGCCUGAAUAUGAAUACCAACAGACCCCUCCUCCGCGGAACCAGCAAUAUGGAGGACAAUCGUAUGACAGCUACCAUCCCUCGCCAAAUCAACAAAGUUACGACAACAGCCCAGUGUACCAAUCGCCACAAGCGCCUUCGCCAUACGGUCGGACUCCCCCGGCGAAAGCUGGACCGCAGCGUCUUAGCAUGGCAGAUCCGUACAGUACACCGCCGAGACCGCAUCCAUUAUCCCAGGAGGUUCAGCGGCCAGUCCACCAUGCUACGUACCCUGGCACGAGGCCGCAGCAAGAUCAGUCCGCAGAUGGACAGCGAGCAUACCAGCAUCCAGAUCACCAACGGGAAGUGGCUCCGAUAGUCAAGCCUAGAGCUAUUUCUCCAGCGCCGGCUCCCGCUCCCGUCUCAGCACCGACUUCGGCACCGCCAUCCACUUCCAGACAGCGACCGAGCACAUAUAGUAUGCAAUUUCCUGUGCGCGCGUUCGAGUCUUCCGAUCAAAGUCCGCUUUCAACCUCGCAACGCACUCCGAAUCAUGCCACACCCAUCCGCAAGUCGGUUUCUCCUCGUCCGUCCUUCUCAACAUCUCCUGCUAUUCCAUAUUCGCCAGACAGCUAUGAUCACCAUCAACCAAGCUUGCCCAAACCUGGUGCUGAUGACCCAACCCCGAUCGUAGGUUGGCACGGGCAGGAGAUUGACCCCUCUGAUCAUCUACCUGUCGGGUCCUGGGCUCCCGAGCCCGAGAAAAAGAACACACCUACUAAGACAUAUGGGCUGGGACGAGAUCGUGAGUUCGGUCCACGCGCGGCACAGCCAGGGUCUGGUGCUAGACUUUCCAAAGACACCGUCGUCAACAUUCGAAUGAAGGAUCGUUCCGGAGGUCCAGACUCCUCGCCAGCGGCAAGUCCUGGGCACAAUGAUGUGUUUCAGGACAAUUCGACGCGUAAUCGUCUGUUCAAGCGUGCUGGGCCUCCGCCAGAUCACAGGCAUUCUGCCAUCGAAGUGUCUUCUCGGGAUAGACAUUCAAACUUUGCACCUGUUCCUAAUCCUUAUGAGCAGCAGCAGCAGCAGAGCCCGCAACAGUAUGACCGACAUUACCAGGGCUCGGGACCUGAUGAAUAUGGUGCUAACUCUGGUGCACCACCCAUGAGACCGCCCAAAGUCCCCAUGGAGUCACAGCCCGCUCAAAAUCAAAUGCAGCUGCAUCAAGACCGCCGCUCGCCUCUGCCUCAUAGUCACUCCCCGCACGCCCACCCACAACCGUCAUCCUCGCCAGCGUAUCACCAUCCGCCACCACAACCGCAGUACCAACAGCAGCAGAACUACGAUCAGGCGCCUGCACGACAAUACGAUCACCAGUAUGACAACCGCUCACCACAACAACACCAAACUCAACACUACGAUCGCCACGCGCACCCACAGUCCGAUCCCAACAUGUACCAACAACGACCAGUUUCAUCCUAUGACUACUCAUCUGCGCCAGUCCAGCAGCAGAUCGCACAAGGUUCUUCUCACGAUGCGCUUUCCCGGGAGAUUUCGGCAAUCGACCUCGGUCCCAGCCGAAAUCGCGGCGGAAGUACCGGUCCAAAUGGCGCAGCGCCUGGUCCACCGACUUUUGUCCCUGUGAGAAGCCAUCGAGAUCGCAACAGUUAUUAUUGAUUAUGGUUUCACGUCUUCAGAAAAGAAUUGUGGGGCACCAAGGAGUUGAUGAAUUUGAAAAAGAUAGACGGAUUGCAAAAUUCUAGGUCUUUUGCUUUUUUAUUACCCAAUAGAAGGAAAUGUAUGAUGACUUUGAUGUACGAAUGAUUGAACAAGGGAACGGAAUCAUUGGAGUAGACGGGAGGUUUUUUUGAAAAUGUCUCACUCUGGCAGUGGGCGAAUGAAUGGGAAUUUACGAAUCUUGUGUCUUCUUUUGCUUGUGAAAAUCGGUACGAACUUUGUCAACGUGUCUUUCCGUGGCGUUGGAUUGACCUGAUGCCCACUGAUCACACAUGACAGAACCAUCCUGUUGCAUUUGAACAUCGAGAU